CAUCUAAGAACGACCCUGCGACUCAUCUGCUCUCCCUUCCCUCUUCCUUCGCAAAGAUUAUCUAACAUUGCGAAUUUUCGGAGGUGGAUGGCGUUCAUCUGAAGAUGUUCCUCCAGAUAACAUGGAAUGGAGGUACAUAGGAUUAUUUCUCUUCACAGUAGUAGGAACCUUAUCUGCGCAAGAGGGUUAUAACUACCCAACACCUUCAAGACCCUUACCAGAAGGACCACAGCGGCCAGGAGAACAAGGCAGGCCAGGGGGACCUAGACGACCACCUAGUCAGCCAGGAGCACCAGACAGAGGAUACCCCAGUGGAGCAACUAGACCUGGGCAGCAAGAUCAAUCUGGUUAUCCUGGAAGAGGCAGGCCAUCAGGUCCCGAAUUUACUCCAAGACCUCAAGGACCUGGUGAUAGAUAUCUUGAACCAGAAGCACCUGAUGGUGGAUACCCAAGCGGACCCCAAAGACCUGGUUUAGCCCCUGGAAAACAAAAUGGAUAUGCCAGCAGACCAAGUGGUACACAGGGUUAUCCCAGUCAACAAGGAGGUGAUCAAGGCUACCCCAGUCAAGCAGGAGGUGAACAAGGUUAUCCAAGUCAGCAACCAGGAAGCCAAGGUUACCCAAGUGCACCAGGUCGCGAUCAGGGUUAUCCAAGCCAGUCAGGACGGGAUCAAGGGUAUCCAAGUCAACAAGGAGGUAGUCAAGGUUAUCCAAGUGCACCAGGCCGCGAUCAAGGAUACUCAAGCCAAUCAGGACGGGAUCAAGGAUACCCAAGUCAACAAGGAGGUAGUCAAGGUUAUCCAAGUGCACCAGGCCGCGAUCAAGGAUAUCCAAGCCAAUCAGGACGGGAUCAAGCGUAUCCAAGUCAACAAGGAGGUAGUCAAGGUUAUCCAAGUGCACCAGGCCGCGAUCAAGGAUACCCAAGCUCUUCUAGCCGAGAUCAGGGCUAUCCAACACAAGAAGGAAAAAAUAAAGGUUAUCCAAGUCAACAAGGAGGAACUGGAGGUUUUCCUGGUAAACAAGGGUAUCCCAGUCAAACAGGAGGUCAAGGUUCUCCAACAUCACAAGGUAGCGAUCAAGGCUAUCCCAGCCCACAAGGUGGUUAUUCAAAUCGUGGCAAUGGCGGACAGAGAUUUCCUGGUGAACAAGGGAGUGGUCAAAGAUAUCCCAGCAACGCCCCAAACAAUCAAGGAAAGCCAAGUUCUCAAGGUUUUCCUGGUCAGCAACAAGGGUUUCCUGGACAGGAAGGUCAGUUUUCCGAGAGUGGAAGAGGGCAGCAAGGACAAAGCGGAUUCCCAGGUCAAGAAGACGCCGGCUUUCCUGGACAGGGUGAUCAGGGACAAUUUGAAGGAGACUACUCAGCAAUACCUGGAGAACCUGAUAAAGAUUAUCCAAUAUUUUCUGAAAUUCCCCAAACUUCAUUUAGCUGUGACCAACAACAAUAUCCUGGAUAUUAUGCCAACGUUGAAGCAAGGUGUCAAGUAUUUCAUAUAUGUGCCAAUAAUAAAACGUAUGACUUUUUAUGUCCUAACGGGACAAUAUUCCACCAAGAAUACUUGGUUUGUGUUUGGUGGAAUCUUUUUGAUUGCGAUUCUGCACCAUCACUGUAUGACAAAAACGCAAAUAUUUACGAUUACUCAAUGAUAGGCACAGGAGGUCGUUCAGGUGGAGCAUUUGGAAGUGAAUAUCAACCGCAAGGUGGAGAGCAAGGAUAUUCCGGUCAGCAAGAAAACACUGGUUACGAGCAAGGACCUGGAGACUAUUCUGGAGGACCUACGCAGCAAGGAUAUCCUUCUGGUCCUGACGGGGGACCCCAAGGUGGUUAUCCCAGUGGAAGACCUACUACUGGAGGUAGACCUCAAGAAGCUAGUUCAAGACCUGGUAGCAAUGGGCGACCUCAAAGUUCACCUGGAUUACAAGGAUCACAGCCAGGAUAUCAAAACGGAGGAUAUCCAAGUGGAAAGCCCCAAAGGCCGGGAUAUCCUGAACAACCCAGCGAGCAAGAAAGUUCUGCGGGAUAUCCAAGUGGAAGACCGCAACAACAAGGAGGUGGCUACCCUCAGGGUGGUCAAGAUCAAUUUGGUUAUCCUGGAAGGGAGACUCAAGGACAGGAUCAAUUCGGAGGACGUCCAGGACAAUCACCGCAAGGUCCAAACGGUAGACCAAGCUUUACUCCUAGGCCUAGUGGACAAGAGCCUAAUGGUGGAAAUACGGGAUAUCCUAGCUUAGAACCAGCAGGUUAUCCAACGACGACACCAACCACUGGUUCAACACAAGAAGGAGGCGGAUAUCCAAGUGGUAGACCUAGUACAGGUUUUCCUGGAUCAAGGCCUCAAGAACCAAUGAGAGGAUAUUUACCACCAUACCAAUAAUUUUCCAUUAGUACCUCUAUGUUUCCAUAAUUUGUAUAUUUUAAAUGUAUUUAUAUAUAAGUAACAACUGUAGAUAAUAUAAUAUAUUUUAUAUGAAUAAAUAUUGUGAAUAAAACAAUAAC